CGGGCAACAAGUAGCUAGCUAGCUAGUAGGAGGAGGCACUGGCAGUUGACACGGCGCCACACUUCUAUCUUCAGACAUUGGACAGACUCUUCAACAUGCUCUUGUGACCAUUAAUAUAAAUUGGCCUGACAAAUUCAACUAUUUGGGGAGGGGAUGACAAACAUAUCACUUUGUCUGUAGGAAGGAGUAAACGACCGUUUGUCACUCGCAAGUAAACACCCCGGAACUGAUUAGCUAGCUAACGUUAGUAACGUUAAGCUCAGCUGGCUAUCUUUUUGUUGGCGUUAGUUGCUAGCUAAACAACUGUCAACACGCGUGGAGAAUAAACGUUUGGCCUGUGUGCUAUCAGCAAGACGGCUUGUUCUCUACACCGAAAACUUCACGGCGACCUACCACCACUUGUAGCUCCGAAAAUGACUUCAAGAGGGGGUUUUCCAGGUACUCCGAUGAACCCCAGUGUUAACCCCAUGAACGCUGGACAUGCAGGCGGUGGAAUGAGGAUACCAGGAAUCCAACAGAAUUCGGGUUUCCGAGCCAUGAAUGCCACUCCUCAGUACCAUCAGGUAACUUGUCGAGGUUUCCCCUCGGCUAACUUGUAACUAAUUGUAUGUAAUUUACCGUGAUAACUUUGCUAUAGUUGCUUUAUUGGCUAAAAUAUGGCAAGUAAUGUUAUUUAGUGACAAGUUGGGUACUGUAUAACGUUAUCGCGUUUUACAAGUCAUGACUCAUGUUACAAAAAGUGUUGGCUAACUACUAGCUAGUAAUGUUAGCUAGACACUGCUGUAAAUGUCAGACAAGUGGCAAUGCAGUUACUGUAGUUAGAACAUUAAUUAGUUCUCCCUAUUCAUCUGUGGUAUAUUGACUUUUAAUUUCAUCUGUCAACUUCCGCAUUUCAAGAAAGUGAAAAACGGACCGCGGAAUGAAUUGUUGAUCAUACCUGUGUGAAGUUAGCCACAUUAGUGUAAUUUGCGGUCGCCUUCAAAAUAAACGUCCCACAAUAAAAAUGAUUCAAACGGAUACAAAUAGUGGAAUCAUGCCAUAUUUGGAAUAGAUAAUGCUAAGCCAUGUUGGAAUGUUAUAUAAAUUCAACAAAAGACAAUUAGUUCAUUUUACACUAAAGUGAAAAUCACACUAACUGUAUUAUACUUUUAAUUGCAUUGGGGCAUACUUACGGUGCCUUGCAAAAGUAUUCAUCCCCCUUGGCGUUUUUCCUAUUUUGUUGCAUUACAACCUGUAAUUUAAGUGGAUUUUUAUUUGGAGUUCAUGUAAUGGACAUACACACAAUAGUCCAAAUUGGUGAAGUGAAAUGAAAAAAAAUAACUUGUUUCAAAAAAUUAUAAAAAUAUAAAUAACGAAAAAGUGGUGCGUGCAUAUGUUUUCACCCCCUUUGCUAUGAAGCCCCUAAAAUAAGAUCUGAUGAAACCAGUUACCUUCAGAAGCCACACAAUUAGUUAACUAAAGUCCACCUGUGUGCAAUCUAAGUGUCACAUGAUCUGUCACAUGCUCUCAGUGUAUAUAUACACCUGUUCUGAAAGGCCCCAGAGUCUGCAACCCCACAAAGCAAGGGGCACCACCAAGCAAGCGGCACCAUGAAGACCAAGGAGCUCUCCAAACAGGUCAGGGACAAAGUUGUGGAGAAGUACAGAUCAGGGUUGGGUUAUAAAAAAAUAUCAAACUUUGAACAUCCCACAGAGCACCAUUUAAAUCCAUUAUUUAAAAAAUGUAAAGAAUAUGGCACCACAACAAACCUGCCAAGAGAGGGCUGCCCGCCAAAACUCACGGACCAGGCAAGGAGGGCAUUAAACAGAGAGGCAACAAAGAGACCAAAGAUGACCCUGAAGGAGCUGCAAAGCUCCACAGUGGAGAUAGGAGUAUCUGUCCAUAGGACCACUUUAAGCUGUACACUCCACAGAGCUGGGCUUUACGGAAGAGUGGCCAGAAAAAAGCCAUUGCUUAAAGAAAUAAAUAAGCAAACACGUUUGGUGUUUGCCAAAAGGCAUGUGGGAGACUCCCCAAACAUAUGGAAAAAGGUACUCUGGUCAGAUGAGACUAAAAUUGAGCUUUUUGGCCAUCAAGGAAAACGCUAUGUCUGGCGCAAACCCAACACCUCUCAUCACACCGAGAACACCAUCCCCACAGUGAAGCAUGGUGGUCGCAGCAUCGUGCUGUGGGGAUGUUUUUCAUCGGCAGGGACUGGGAAACUGGUCAGAAUUGAAGGGAUGUUGAAUGGCGCUAAAUACAGGGAAAUUCUUGAGGGAAACCUGUUUCAGUCUUCCAGAGAUUUGAGACUGGGAUGGAUAUUCACCUUCAGCAGGACAAUGACCCUAAGCAUACUGCUAAAGCAACACUCGAGUGGUUUAAGGGGAAACAUUUAAAUGUCUUGGAAUGGCCUAGUCAAAGCCCAGACCUCAAUCCAAUUGAGAAUCUGUGGUAUGACUUAAAGAUUGCUGUACACCAGUGGAACCCAUCCAACUUGAAGGAGCUGGAGCAGUUUUGCCUUGAAGAUUGGGCAUAAAUCCCAGUGGCUAGAUGUGCCAAGUUUAUAGAGACAUACCCCAAGAGACUUACAUUUACGUCAUUUAGCAGACGCUCUUAUCCAGAGCGACUUACAAAUUGGUGCAUUCAACUUAUGAUAGCCAUUCAACUUGUGGGGGAGGGGGGUGUAGAAGGAUUACUUUUAUACUAUUCCAGGUAUUCCUUAAAGAGGUAGGGUUUCAAGUGUCUCCGGAAGGUGGUCAGUGACUCCACUGUCCUGGCGUCGUGGGGGAGCUUGUCCCACAAUAAGAACUAAGACGCUAAUAUUUGUGUAAACUCUACACAGUUGUGUGAGUGCCACUGAGUAGGCUGAUACCCCUUUUAAUGGGUGCACAAUCCAUAGGUUAGGCUGUACACUGCAUAUAAGUAUGCCCCAAUGCAAUUCUAAAGUCUAAUACAUCCACAGUGCAAUUUCAAAUUAACUAAUUGUCUUUUGUUGAAUUUAUAUAACAACAUUCUGACCUUGUUUAGCAUUAUGUAGUGCAAAUAUGGCAUGAUUCCACUAUUUCGAUCUGUUUGAAUCACGUUCAAUUGGGAACUUUUAUUCUGAAGGCCAACAGCAAAUUACACUAUUGUGGCUAGUCCUUAUUAUGGCUAGCUUCAUACAGGUAAUCAUGCAUCACGUGUUUGCAAGUGUUUAGCAAGUUAACAGUCAUCCCAAAUGCAAGCUUUUUCAUCACCACCAUAUGCAUGACUAUAUGUAGUUAGUUCAUGCAUAACGUGUUAGGCUACUUACACUUUCAUUACUAAUACAUGGUUCCUCUUUGAAAGAUAUCAUAACAAACAUUGAUCACUUCAGUUAGGAAGGAAGUUGUCAGCUUGCCAUAAAUGUAACCCGUCUGUCCCAUUGUGCUUUCCAUUUCCAGCACCCUGGUAUGCCACCCAACAGGGGGAUCCCGAUGGGGCCAAUGGGGGGCCCUGGACCCUCUUAUGGGGGCGGGAACAUGCCCUUACGCACAGGAAUGGGGCCGUCAGCCAUGGACGCCUCCCGAAAGCGAUUCCUUCAACAACAACAGCAGGGGGGGCUGGGAGGCCCAAGGCGUGGGUGAGUUAGGGGGUGGACUGUCUGGGGGGCCCACAGCCUGUUUUUAAAAGGGGACAUGGGGGUUGUUGUGGUGGGAUUUGUGUGGCACCAUUGCACAGCAUAUUGAUUAACCAUGAUUUAGGAUUAUGGCUGUACAACAAUAUUUUUGGUCUUGCCAGACAUUGGCCUUGUCCGUAAUCUGUCGUGCCUACUACUUACUUACUUACUAAAACUACACACUGUCUACUAAUCGAACUACAUACUAUUUAGAACAUACUGUUUAGUAAAAAUGAAUGCAGUAAGCAACAAAUAUCAACAUACUAGGCUCACCCAUCCUGAGAAUGAAUAAUCUAAUGUGAAAUUGCGCUGAUUCCCGCCAUUUGUUCAUUUGGGUACAACGUGUGCCCUUAUCUCAUUAUCAGCUGUUGUCAGACACUCGUGAGUCUGGAAAUACUAUUUUCUUCCUCAAAAGUGUGCAGCGAAUUCUACUAGAUGAAAAGCCAAAGUGAGUAUAACAUCCUGGCAUUUAAAGCAUACUCGAUGUUCGAAAUUUUGCAUACCUAACAUGCCUACUAUUUAGAAAGCUAGUAUGGUUAUUCGGGCACGGCCAUUGUCUAUACCAGGUUAUCUUUCUUGGUGAAUUCUCAGGCAAAGUUAUUUUUGAAUGAAUGAUGCAGAGUUCAAAUGCUGAAUAUUUAAUGUCAUGAAGACAUGCACCCUAACUGCACUACUGUCAACGAUAAUGCAUCUGGUAACCACAACCAAUAGAGCUACAUGUGACCCCCCCCCAGACGUUCACAGCCUUUAGGGAUCUUCCAGGGUCUUUGAUGGUGGUGUAGGGACACUACUGACUCUUUUGUACCCCCGUCCUCACAGUCAAUGGUCUGUCUGUUGCUCCACUCAUUCUGCUGCACAGAAAGAGUGCACAGAGGAGUUAAAAACAAAGAAACCUUAACCAAAGACGACGUCCCAUGACCAUGCCCCACUGCCAGACAGAGCCACGUGGACAAGGGCAUCUUUUUUUAACCUCAAAACAGAAUGACGUCAUCUGCUUGUAAAUGUUCGGGAGGACGGAUGCCUGGUGGUUAUUUCUAUCAUUUUGAUCUACAACAAGGGUCUUGUGUGUUUAAGAGAUUUUACUUAAUACUUUACAGUUCAUAUAAGGAAAUCAGUCAAUUGAAAUAAAUUCAUUAGGCCCUAAUCUAAAGGGCUUUAUUACAGACAGUGAAACUCCUCAAUUUCGUCUGGGUGGCUGGUCUCAGACGAUCCCGCAGGGGAAGAAGCCGGUGUGGCGGUCCUGGGCUGGCGUGGUUACACGUGGUCUGCAGUUGUGAGGUCAGUUGGACGUACGUCCAAAUUCUCUAAAACGACGUUGGAGGCGGUUUAUGGUAAAGAAAUGAACAUUCAAUUCUCUGCCAACAGCUCUGGUGGACAUUCCUGCUGUCAUCAUUCCAAUUGCACGCUCCCUCAACUUGAGACAUCUGUGGCAUUGUGUGACAACUGCACAUUUUAGUGGCCUUUUAUUCUUCCCAGCACAAGGUGCACCUGUGUAUUGAUCAUACUGUUUAAUCAGCUUCUUGAUAUGCCACACCUGUCAGGUGGAUGGAUUAUCUUGGCAAAGGAGAAAUGCUCACUAAUAGGGUUCUAAAUACAGUGGGGGGAAAAAAGUAUUUAGUCAGCCACCAAUUGUGCAAGUUCUCCCACUUAAAAAGAUGAGGCGCCUGUAAUUUUCAUCAUAGGUACACGUCAACUAUGACAGACGAAAUGAGAUAAUUUUUUCCAGAAAAUCACAUUGUAGGAUUUUUAAUGAAUUUAUUUGCAAAUUAUGGUGGAAAAUAAGUAUUUGGUCAAUAACAAAAGUUUCUCAAUACUUUGUUAUAUACCCUUUGUUGGCAAUGACACAGGUCAAACGUUUUCUGUAAGUCUUCACAAGGUUUUCACACACUGUUGCUGGUAUUUUGGCCCAUUCCUCCAUGCAGAUCUCCUCUAGAGCAGUGAUGUUUUGGGGCUGUCGCUGAGCAACACAGACUUUCAACUCCCUCCAAAGAUUUUCUAUGGGGUUGAGAUCUGGAGACUGGCUAGGCCACUCCAGGACCUUGAAAUGCUUCUUACGAAGCCACUCCUUCGUUGCCCGGGCGGUGUGUUUGGGAUCAUUGUCAUGCUGAAAGACCCAGCCACGUUUCAUCUUCAAUGCCCUUGCUGAUGGAAGGAGGUUUUCACUCAAAAUCUCACGAUACAUGGCCCCAUUCAUUCUUUCCUUUACACGGAUCAGUCGUCCUGGUCCCUUUGCAGAAAAACAGCCCCAAAGCAUGAUGUUUCCACCCCCAUGCUUCACAGUAGGUAUGGUGUUCUUUGGAUGCAACUCAGCAUUCUUUGUCCUCCAAACACGACGAGUUGAGUUUUUACCAAAAAGUUCUAUUUUGGUUUUAUCUGACCAUAUGACAUUCUCCCAAUCCUCUUCUGGAUCAUCCAAAUGCACUCUAGCAAACUUCAGACGGGCCUGGACAUGUACUGGCUUAAGCAGGGGGACACGUCUGGCACUGCAGGAUUUGAGUCCCUGGCGGCGUAGUGUGUUACUGAUGGUAGGCUUUGUUACUUUGGUCCCAGCUCUCUGCAGGUCAUUCACUAGGUCCCCCCGUGUGGUUCUGGGAUUUUUGCUCACCGUUCUUGUGAUCAUUUUGACCCCACGGGGUGAGAUCUUGCGAUCGAGGGAGAUUAUCAGUGGUCUUGUAUGUCUUCCAUUUCCUAAUAAUUGCUCCCACAGUUGAUUUCUUCAACCAAGCUGCUUACCUAUUGCAGAUUCAGUCUUCCCAGCCUGGUGCAGGUCUACAAUUUUGUUUCUGGUGUCCUUUGACAGCUCUUUGGUCUUGGCCAUAGUGGAGUUUGGAGUGUGACUGUUUGAGGUUGUGGACAGGUGUCUUUUAUACUGAUAACAAGUUCAAACAGGUGCCAUUAAUACAGGUAACGAGUGGAGGACAGAGGAGCCUCUUAAAGAAGAAGUUACAGGUCUGUGAGAGCCAGAAAUCUUGCUUGUUUGUUAUUGACCAAAUACUUAUUUUCCACCAUAAUUUGCAAAUAAAUUCAUAAAUCCUACAAUGUGAUUUUCUAGAUUUUUUUUUUUUUCUCAAUUUGUCUGUCAUAGUUGACGUGUACCUAUGAUGAAAAUUACAGGCCUCUCUCAUCUUUUUAAGUGGGAGAACUUGCACAAUUGGUGGCUGACUAAAUACUUUUUUUCCCCACUGUACAUUUGUUCACAUUUAUUAUAAGUUGUUUAUGCAUAUGGAAAAUUUCUGGGAUAUGUUAUUUCAGGUCAUGAAACAUGGGACCAACACUUUACAUGUUGCGUUUUUAUAUUUUUGUUAAGUGUUUAUAUUAGAUACUUGAUUAGGGAGUCGCACCAAGGGCUGAAAGUGAAAGGCUCUCCAAGGCCCUGAAUAAUUUGAUUUACUUGUUAAGGAAGGGGGAGCUAGUUUAAUUAGAUCAAAGAAAACAAAAGCUUUUGUUGAUUCAGUUGUGAUAAGUGCAAGCCUUUGGGUCCAAGAGUUGUGAGCCUGAACAGGCAUCAUGGUCAUAUUCAAUAGGCACGAAGCGGAAGAAAACAUAUUGAAACGUAGAGGUACCAUCUGAAGUCGUCCAAUAAGAAACACUCGUUUUCUGUUGCAAAACAUUUUGGUACGUUUUGCCUGAAUGAACACAACCCAAUCCUCUCGCUUUUCCAUGUGUGGAAUAGUGUAGCUAUCAUCAUAAAGGUGUUGCUGUUUGAAUAGGCAACAUUUCUAAGUGCCUUACAGUAUGCCAUUAAAGAUACGUGAAGCUCUAACACUUUGUCUCGAUUUGUGUUUUUGCAGCAAAAGGCGCAGGAUGGCCGACAAGGUGCUUCCACAGCGGGUGAGUAUAAACGUUGCCCCCUUGAAAAAUAGAUAUGCAUACAGUAUACGGCUCUGGAUCGAUCCAUUUAUUCCCGACUGGGGAGGAAGAACACAUAUCCCUCCCAUAUUGAAACCUCCUUGUUCCAGAUCCGAGACCUGGUUCCAGAGUCUGAGGCCUACAUGGACCUGCUGGCCUUUGAGAGGAAGCUGGACCAGACCAUCGCACGCAAACGCAUGGAGAUCCAGGAGGCCAUCAAAAAGCCCAUUACGGUACAGCUCGAACUAAUUUGUAUGUAUGGUAUUGUAAGAUAAUAACGACCAUAAAUUGACCAAUUAACAUAAUUUGGUCUUCCAGUGUUUCCCUUAGAUUCCCUUUCAGUCAGUAUACAAAGGCUCCCAAAACAAAAUCCAGGGCAGCAUCCAGUUUAUGCCAAAUUCUUUUAGUCUGUCUAGAUCUGUAAAAAUUAUUUUAGAUCUGUCAGGCAGGGUGGCCUCCCCGACAUUGGUAUAGGAAUGGGAAACACUUUCUUUGUAAAAGGUUGCGUGAUGUGUCCCUCUCAGCAAAAGCGCAAGUUGAGGAUCUACAUAUCCAACACCUACACACCCGGCAAGCCAGAAGGUGAAGAGGCAGAAAAAGUGUCAUCCUGGGAACUAAGGGUGGAGGGAAAACUCCUUGAGGAUGUAAGUGACCCAACUGUGUCUGUUUGUGUAUCUGAUGGCAGUGGUAGCUGGCCUAAAACUUGUGACAUCACUUACCUAAAACCACACAAGACAAAUAAAAUAAUAUUUCUAGCCAAAGCUUAGUCGUAAGUCACAAGCCAGUAGGUAUUGGCUGUGAUCCACCAUGUAGGGAAAACAAUUUUUUUUUUAGAGCAGAGGAAACGAUACCUGAAUAAAACUGCAUCCAUAGUGCUUGUUUGUUAUACUUGUAUAACAACACCACUUUAUUUUUGCGAUGUACACUCAACACCGUAUGUAUUUGGACAGUGAAGCUAAAAUUUGUCUCUAUGCUCCAGCGUUUGGGAUUUGAGAUCAAAUGUUUCAUAUGAGUCGACAUUACAAAAUGUCACCUUUUCGAGGGGAUUUUCAUACAUAUAUUUUUAACCGUUUAGAAAUUAAUGCACUUUAUACAGUGCCUUCGGAAAGUAUUCAGACCCCUUGACUUUUUCCAAAUUUUGUUACGUUACAGCCUUAUUCUAAAAUUGAUUAAAUAAAAAAAUAUCCUCAGCAAUCUACACACAAUACCCCAUAAUGACAAAGGGAAAACGGGUUUUUAGAAAUUUUACGAAAUGUAUUACAAGUAGAAAACAGAAAUACCUUAUUUACAUAAGUAUUCAGACCCUUUGCUAUGAGACUCAAUUUCCAUUGAUCACCCUUGAUGUUUCUACAACUUGAUUGGAGUCCACCUGUGGUAAAUUCAAUUGAUUGGACAUGAUUUGGAAAGGCACACAACUGUUUUUAAAAGGUCGCACAGUUAGCAGUGCAUGUCACAGCAAAAACCAAGCCAUGAGGUCGAAGGAAUUGUCCGUAGAGCUCCGAGACAGGAUUGUGUCGAGGCACAGAUCUGGGAAAGGGUACCAAAACAAUUCUGCAGCAUUGAAGGUCCCCAAGAACACAGUGCCCUCCAUCAUUCUUAAAUGGAAGACGUUUGGAACCACCAAGACUCUUCCUAGAGCUGGCCGCCUGGCCAAACUGAGCAAUCGGGGGAGAAGGGCCUUGGUCAGGGAGGUGACCAAGAACCUGAUGGUCACUCUGACAGGGCUCCAGAGUUCCUCUGUGGAGAUAGGACAACCAUCUCUGCAGCACUCCACCAAUUAGGCCUUUAUGGUAGAGUGGCCAGACGGAAGCCGCUCCUCAGUACAGUAAAAGGCACAUGACAGCCCGCUUGGAGUUUGCCAAAAGGCACCUAAAGACUCUGACCAUGAGAAACAAUCAAUCAAAUGUAUUUAUAAAGCCCUUUUUACAUCAGCAGAUGUCAAAGUUCUAUACAGAAACCCAGCCUAAAACCCCAAACAGCAAGCAAUGCAGAUAGAUGUAGAAGCACGGUGGCUAGGAAAGAACCACUCAUCAUGGUUCUUUCAUGAUUAUCCAUAGCCAUGGUAGCAUCCACAUUAAUAUAGGAGUGUUCAGAAACAUCUUCUAUUCUUACUCACAAUAAAAGUGACUCCAAAAUGAGACAAUGCAUUAUUCACCAUUCAGUUCCUAUUGGGCAAAAUAUUAUCUGAAACCAAAACAAACUACAAAUGCAUCCAACAACUUUGUAGAGAUACAAGCUUUAUGUAGUCAUUAACCACAUUUCCAUACAACCAUUUCAUGCGGGUUAUUUGCCUGAUGCAUUAAAAAAAACAGUCAUGACAGGCCUGAUGGAAAUUUGGUGGAUAAUGUUGUUGUUGGUGAAAUCGAUUAUGUGACAAUUGUGGUGGAAAUGCUUUUAUGCGCAAAUAUUGAUAUUAAAACCAUGUCGCUGGAAAACUUGGAGUCAUGAGAUUUAAAAUAGGGAGUUGCAGAGUUUUUAUAGGCAGAUGAAAUAAGUUUAAAGUUCAUAAGUUUAUAACUUAUGGUGGAUAAAGUGGACGGUAAUGAGCUUUUAUGCAAAUUUCCAAUAAAUAUCGAGGGUAGGCUAUUAUUUGAAAGAUGCUGGUGACAUGAUGAUCGGUGCUUGGCUGCCAAUUAUUUAAAAAAUAAAAUAAAGUGGACAGGGUAUUUUUUAUUUAUUUAUCAGCAAAUUGUCUAUAGAGCAUGUGUCAAACCAGAUUGGGCAAGUAUGCCAUUUUCUCGCAACAGUUUUUGUGACAAAACCGUCAGUAGAGUUGAAAAUGGAAACACAUUGAACUUCAGAUUUAUUUUAUUCGGUACAUGAAAAUGUAAGCGCAAAAUACCUUUUUAUGUACACUACGUCAUCAUGCACAGCUGUUUAUCUGCAAAAAGUCUGUUUGAUGGAAACAAAUUUGCAUAUUAUUUUAAAUGCAGAAUUUAGAAUAUUCGCAUGAAAAUCUGUCGCCAAUUGUAUGGAAACCUAGCUACAGUGUGCAAGGAAUAUGGGACCAAAUACUAAACUUUUGACUACUUUUAAUACACUAUAAGUGAAUUUGACCUAAUACUUAUAACUUCUUCAAAUGGGGGGGGACUAGGUACAUAAAGUGCUUUCAUUUCUAAACGGUAAUUUGAUCUCAAAUCCCAAAUGCUGGAGCAUAGAGCCAAAUUCAACAUAUUAACAUAACUAUCCAAAUACAUAUGGUGUUGAGUGUAUGCUCACUGCUCAGAAAUAUUAUUGUUUUCGCCGCCACCAUUUCAUCGGAAUCUAAUGCAUGUUUUUGACAAUUUACUACCAGAGCCUGUCUCAAGUAUUUUAGGCACUGUUAUCGUGUCUUAACUUCAGCGUUCUCCAACUCCGUUGGCCUGUUUCCUUGGCUUACACUACCCAGCCAGAUGUUUUUUCAGUUUUUCUCUCAUGUUCCCCUUUUCUCCGAAACAAGGAAUUGAAACCAUGGCUCGUUCUUUCUGUUACGUGCCAUGAGUCGACAUGCACCCUUCAUACUUCUCCUCUUCCAGCUGACAGUCAUUGUCUGCAUCCCAAACGGCUCCCUAUAUAGUGCACUACUUUUAACCAGAGCCCUAUCGUAGUAGUGCACUAUAUAUGGAAUAUGGUGCAAUUUGGAACGCAGCCAAUGAAUGGCUUGGCUGCAGCCACAUUUUAAAAAGGGGGGGAUUUUUUUCUUGUUUUCCAUUGCCUCAGUGGUUAGAGCGUGUGUAGGAAGGAGAGAGAGGGAAGGGGUGAGAGGGGGCAUGUUGCGCAAACAGUCAUUGGCAGGGGUGAGUUUUGGUGGGGGGUGUAAAAACUUAGCCAACUUCUCCAGAAUGUUAGGUUUUCGCCAGCCACAGCCCCCUGAUGUGGUCAGUACCAAACAAUGCAGCUGUAGCAAAACACUGUAAAACAAAAAAAUACCACAGUGUGAAUGAUUUUGUUUUCUUUCCUUCUAUUCUUUCCUCACAUGCUAUUCCUAGCCUGGGAAACAGAAGAGGAAGUUUUCGUCUUUCUUUAAGAGUCUGGUCAUUGAACUCGAUAAGGAACUGUAUGGGCCUGAUAACCACUUGGUGGAGGUAUGAAGGACACCAAUACAUACUUUGUCAACUACAUUAACAAAAUGUUUUUAGAAUAGUACCCCUGAACAAGCAUUCAAAUUGCCAUCACUGUUCAGUUGGUCAAACAUUUACCAAUAUAAUAACAUAUGUAGCACACAGCCAUGUUGAUCAUACGAAUGGUGUUGGUCCUUGUAUAGAGAACGAAUUGCAUGAAGAAAAUCUAAACAAAACUAAAGAAGAAUAGAUGUCAGUGUGCUGUUUUUGCACCUUGUCAUGUUCUUUAGGGCACACAACGGAAAACGUUUUGCAUCGGAAAAAGGAAAUUGUAUAAGUGUUUCUUAUUUGACAAGUGCAGUUAGACCCUCCCUGUUUCAGUCCGACUUUUACCAUUUGGUGCCUAAUGAACAUGACUCUGGGUUGUAUUCAAUAAGCGCAAAACGGAAUAAAACAAGCCGAAAUGGGGAGGGACUUGCUAAACUUGUCCAAUAAGAAACAAUUGUUUUUAAUUUAGUUUGCAAAACCUUUUGCCCUAAUUAAUACGACCCACAGUUCUAAACUCUCUCUGUAUUUUCUCAGUGGCACAGGAUGCCCACCACCCAAGAGACAGACGGCUUCCAGGUGAAGAGACCAGGGGACGUGAGCGUAAAAUGCACCCUGCUCCUAAUGCUGGACCACCAGGUAUACACACACCAGUGUAUAUUUUGGCACUUUUAUUUUAUUUAGUCUAGUCUUAGUCAAUAUUAAGUCUUAGUCACAUUUGUCAUUUGAAUAAUGAUUUAGUCUAGUUAUUGUCAAAAUGACAAACGGUUGGCCAUUAGUCUACUAUAUAAAUGCCCUUUCAGUUUAGUCACAUCACAUUUGUAUUGCCUCAUUAACCUAUAGUAAACAUAAAUCACUGACUUCGAUGUGCACAAACAUACAUAGCCUUGUCCUACCAACAUAUUUUUCUGCAUAACAUCCUAUUCUCUUCCCAAUAGCAGAAAUAUGACAUUUGACUUUGAACAGGAGCUAAUGAUCGUUUCGCCCAGUGAUGGUGUCGAGUCACUUAACCUAUAGGCCAAAUCGAGUCAAGUUCCCUGUGCUUGAGCCCGAGUCACCAAUGGUCGCGUCACGAGUCCCUAUGUCCAAGUGCUCAAGUCUUGGUCCAAGUGCUCAAGUCUGAGUCACUGGGGUUUAGUGUUCUUUUUGGUUUUUACCUAUAGUCCAGGCAGGGGUCAUGUAAUUGAUGAUGUGUCUAUACAGUGCCUUGCAAAAGUAUUCAUCCCCCUUGGCGUUUUUCCUAUUUUGUUGCAAUACAACCUGUACAUUUCAUGUAACAGUCAAAUGGUGAAGUGAAAUAAAAAAAAUAACUUGUUUAAAAAAAUUAUAAAAAAUAAAGAACGGAAAAGUGGUGUGUGCAUAUGAAUUCACCCCCUUUGCUAUGAAGCCCCUAAAUAAGAUCUGGUGCAACCAAUUACCUUCAGCAGUCACAUAAUUAGUUAAAUAAAGUCCACCUGUGUGCAAUCUAAGUGUCACAUGAUCUCAGUGUGUGUGUAUGUGUGUAUAUAUAUAUAUAUAUAUAUAUAUAUACCUGUUCUGAAAGGUCCCAGAGUCUGCAACCCCUCUAAGCAAGGGGCACCACCAAGCAAGCGGCACCAUGAAGACCAAGGAGCUCUCCAAACAGGUCAGGGACAAAGUUGUGGAGAAGUACAGAUCAGGGUUGGGUUAUAAAAAAAUAUCAGAAACUUUGAACAUCCCACAGAGCACCAUUAAAUCCAUUAUAAAACAUUUUAAAAUGAAAGUAUAUGGCACAUUUACAUUUACAUCAUUUAGCAGACGCUCUUAUCCAGAGCGACUUACAAAUUGGUGCAUUCAACUUAUGAUAGCCAGUGGGAAAACCACCUUUUUUUAUUUUUGGGGGGGUGGGGGAAGAAGGAUUGCUUUAUACUAUUCCAGGUAUUCCUUAAAGAGGUAGGGUUUCAAGUGUCUCCGGAAGGUUGUCAGUGACUCCGCUGAUGUGGGGGAGCUUGUUCCACAACAAACCUGCCAAGAGAGGGCCGCCCACCAAAACUCAUGGACCAGGCAAGGAGGGCAUUAAUCAGAGAGGCAACAAAAAGACCAAAGAUAACCCUGAAGGAGCUGCAAAGCUCCACAGCGGAGAUUGGAGUAUCUGUCCAUAGGACCACUUUAAGCCGUACACUCCACAGAGCUGGGCUUUACGUGGCCAGAAAAAAGCCAUUGCUUAAAGAAAAAAAUAAGCAAACAUGUUUGGUGUUCGCCAAAAGGCAUGUGGGAGACUCCCCAAACAUAUGGAAGAAUGUACUCUGGUCAGAUGAGACUAAAAUUGAGCUUUUUGGCCAUCAAGGAAAAUGCCUGGCGCAAACCCAACACCUCUCAUCACCCCAAGAACACCAUCCCCACAGUGAAGCAUGGUGGUCGCAGCAUCAUGCUGUGGGGAUGUUUUUCAUCGGCAGGGACUGGGAAACUGGUCAGAAUUGAAGGAAUGAUGGAUGGAGCUAAAUACAGGGAAAUUCUUGAGGGAAACCUGUUUCAGGCUUCCAGAGAUUUGAGACUGGGACUGAGGUUCACGUUCCAGCAGAACAAUGACCCUAAGCAUACUGCUAAAGCAACACUUGAGUGGUUUAAGGGGAAACAUUUAAAUGUCUUGGAAAGACCUAGUCAAAGCCCAGACCUCAAUUCAAUUGAGAAUCUGUGGUAUGACUUAAAGAUUGCUGUACACCAGCGGAACCCAUCCAACUUGAAGGAGCUGGAGCAGUUUUGCCUUGAAUGGGCACAAAUCCCAGUGGCUAGAUGUGCCAAGCUUAUAGAGACAUACCCCAAGAGACUUGCAGCUGCAAUUGCUGCAAAAGGUGGCUCUACAAAGUAUUGACUUUUGGGGGGUGAAUAGUUAUGCACGCUCAAGUUCUGUUUUUUUUGUCUUAUUUCUUGUUUGUUUCACAAUAAAAAAUAUUUUGCAUCUUCCAAGUGGUAGGCAUGUUGUGUAAAUCAAAUGAUACAACCCCCCCCAAAAAAAAUCUAAUUUAAUUCCAGGUUGUAUGGCAACAAAAUAGGAAAAAUGGGGGGGGGGGGGGGUGAAUACUUUCAUAAGCCACUGUAUUUCUCAGUGUUUUAGAAUUAGUUGCUUAUAAGGCUAUAUAUUGAUUUUGUAUUUAUCAGAGUUAUUGACCUCCCAAUAAGCCAGUUUCUUUGAUAUUCAGAGGCUGACUUUGCUUGGUAAGUAAUCUAAUUCUAUCACUAUCGAUUGAUUAAGCUAUACACUUUCUGUACACCCAGACAGCUUUUAGGGAAACACUUGUGACCUCUCGUUGGGUUAAGCCACAGAAGAAGAGUAGCCAGCAGUUAAAGCUUACAUUUUUCUACGUUGGUAGGCCUACUGUCUGGGGUGGAAAGGUAGGCCUAACUUUUGAAAGUACCAUGCUCAGAUUCAUAAUGACAUCUCAGAUUAAAUUAUUUGCGAACAAGACACUGAUUUGGCAUUGGAGAAAUAUGAUAAUAUAAACACAGGCCUAUCUCUCUGUCCAUUCUUAGCCUGUAAUUUGUGUGGCAUUUAAAAAAUAUUCUGCUAAUAUGUGAAGUCACGUAAGAUUGCAUGAAAUGUUUAUAAAAGGCAACAACAAAAAAUCUCUGACCUGCAAAUACGAUGAUAGAUUCGCAUGCUUUUACUAUAAAGGAGAUCUUUCCACCCCUACUCUUGUCCACGGUAGUCUGUGAACCCACAACCUUCUGGCCCGCAGCCUUGUGCGCUAUAAAAAUAAAUUCCUGUGUUGCCAUGCAAUGCUUACAGGACGAAGAACAGUUUAGAAAGAAAACGGCAUAUCUAAGGCUGUGGACUGUCCAAGAAGUGAGGGCAUGUUCUCUGCUAUCCACUUUGUUUUAAUUAUUAUUUUGAGGGUAGGGGAGGGUCACUUGUUUUUUCAAGUGCUCUGAGGGUUUAGGUAAAAUAUAUUUUGCAUGUUUGUUCUACAUAGAAAUCUGCUAUCUGAACGUUCCAAAACGUUGUGUCCUGCUGAACACGCCCUAGGUUGCUUACACUGCUGCUACUCGCUGUUUAUUAUCUAUGCGUAGUCACUUUACCCCUACCUACACUACCAGUCAAAUGUUUUAGAACACCUACUCAUUCAAGGGUUUUUCUUUAUUUUUACUAUUUUCUACAUUGUAGAAUAAUAAUGAAGACAUCAAAACUAUGAAAUAACACAUGGAAUCAUGUAGUAACCAAGAAAGUGUUAAACAAAUCAAAAAAUAUUUUAUAUUUGAGAUUCUUCAAAGUAGCCACCCUUUGCCUUGAUGACAGCUUUGCACACUCUUGGCAUUCUGUCAACCAGCUUCACCUGGAAUGCUUUUCCAACAGUCUUGAAGUAGUUCCCACAUAUGCUGAGCACUUGUUGGCUGCUUUUCCUUCACUCUGCGGUCCGACUCAUCCCAAACCAUCUCAAUUGGGUUGAGGUCGGGGGAUUGUGGAGGCCAGGUCAUCUGAUGCAGCACUCAUCACUCUCCUUCUUGGUCAAAUAGCCCUUACACAGCCUGUAGGUGUGUUGGGUCAUUGUCCUGUUGAAAAACAAAUGAUAGUCCCACUAAGCCCAAACCAGAUGGGAUAGCAUAUCGCUGCAGAAUGUUGUGGUAGCCAUGCUGGUUAAGUGUGCCUUGAAUUCUAAAUAAAUCGGUGUCACCAGCAAAGCACCCCCACACCGUAACACAUCCUCCUCCAUGCUUUACGGUGGGAACUACACAUGCGGAGAUCAUCUGUUCACCCACACCGCGUCUCACAAAGACACGGUGGUUGGAACCAAAAAUCUCCAAAGGACAACAUUUCUACCGGUCUAAUAUCCAUUGCUCAUGUUUCUUGGCCCAAGCAAGUCUCUUGGUGUCCUUUAGUAGUGGUUUCUUUGCAGCAAUUCGACCAUGAAGGCCUGAUUCACACAGUCCCCUCUGAACAGUUGAUGUUGAGAUAUGUCUGUUACUUGGACUCUGAAGCAUAUAUUUGGGCUGCAAUUUCUGAGGCUGGUAACUCUAAUGAACUUAUCCUCUGCAGCAGAGGUAACUCUGGGUCUUCCAUUCCUGUGGCGGUCCACAUGAGAGCCAGUUUCAUCAUAGCGCUUGAUGGUUUUUGCGACUGCAUUUGAAGAAACUUUCAAAGUUUUUGAAAUUUUCCGGAUUGACUGACCAUGUCUUAAAGUAAUGAUGGCCUGUCGUUUCUCUUUGCUUAUUUGAGCUGUUCUUGCCAUAAUAUGGACUUGGUCUUUUACCAAAUAGGGCUAUCUUCUGUAUACCCCCCCUACAACUGAUUGGCUCAAACGCAUUAAGAAGGAAAGAAAUUCCACAAAUUCACUUUUAAGAAGGCACCUGUUAAUUGAAAUGCAGUCCAGGUGACUACCUCAUGAAGCUGGUUGAGAGAAUGCCAAGAGUGUGCAAAGCUGUCAUCAAGGCAAAGGGUGGCUAUUUGAAGAAUUUCAAAUAUAAAAUAUAUUUUGAUUUGUUUGACACUUUCUUUGGUUACUACAUGAUUCCAUAUGUGUUAUUUCAUAGUUUUGAUGUCUUCACUAUUAUUCUACAAUGUAGAAAUUAGUAAAAAUAAAGAACCCUUGAAUAUGAGUAGGUGUUCUAAAACUUUUGACCGGUAGUGUACAUGUACAAAUUACCUCAACUAACCUGUACCCCCGCACAUUGACUCGGUACUGGUAUCCCCUGUAUUUAGCCUCAUUAUUGUUAUUUUAUUGUGUAACUUUUUUCUGAAGUUUUAUUUUAAGUUUAUUUAGUAAAUAUUUUCUUAACUCUAUUUUCUUAACUGCGUUGUUGGUUAAGGGCUUGUAAGUAAGCAUUUCACAGUAAGUUACCUGUUGUAUUCGGCGCAUGUGACAAAUAAAAUUUGAUUUAUAGCUAGCUAAUGAGACCAACAUGACUGAACAAGGUGUAUCCUAAACAAAUGGUUAACGGUCCAGUCCGCAAGUGGACUAGUUUUAGAACGGCCCGCUAUAUGCUUUAUGAAUGUAAAUGUGACCCGCCAAUGCGCGAUAGAAAGAAAACACGUAGCGACGGUAUUAUUGGUCAUAUCAUCUGAAUGGUAAGGGCUAGAAUCAAGCCGUUUUCUCUGAGGAAAAGAGGGCGACUUGGCUACAGAACCUGGCUAUGAAAUGCAGUGUGGUAAGUGGGAGGGUUGAGCGAGACAACAAAUUCAAUGCCAGCCUACUUUUAUAUACGCGAGGGAGAGAAAAACAUAGCUAGACUGUUAAACUAUUAAUCUCAAUGCUGCUAUUGUUUUUAAUUUUGUAAAGCAGCUUGUGUUUCUUAACCAGGCAAAGGGUAGCUAAAUAGAAGGCUGGUGGUGACUGGUUAGCUAUGGGGAAGCAAGAGAUGUGUAUAAUCAGAGGCGGAGCCAGUGGAGCCUGUCUGCCUACACUCAUCCCUUGCUCCUCCGCAGCUCACCAACUGUAGGCGGUGUGUAGCACAUCCUUCCCACUGCUGAACAGAACUGCGCUGUGCAUCUGUGCUGUAAUACGGCAUGGUAACACUUAGACAUUAUAGUGCCAAUAAACCAAAGUAGCUAUGGUGAAAUAUCACAUGCUAGAAAGGACAAAUGUUUACGAAGAAUCUGGUAAAGUUUUAGUAUUGUUAAUCCACUAAUGCACUCUGUCCAUGUGCCCCUUUGGCAUACAGGAGCUAACUUAACAGGGUGAUGGCAACUUUGUUCAUAGAAUUGUGAUGUAUGUUUUGACUGUUAUUACUACGUAGUCACUCAGACGUUAUCAGGGUCAUGUUUGCCAGCAGCAUACCACCCUGUAUCCCACUACUGGUUCGCCUCUGAACCUAAGCAGGGUCGGUCCUGGUACUUCCCUGGAUUGGAGACCAGAUGCUGCUGGAAGAGGUGUUGGAGGGCCUCUAGUCUAAGGAGAUCCAAAUGCCCCAGAGCAGUGAAGGGGACAUUGCCCUAUGUAGGGUGCCGUCUUUUGGAUGGGACGUUAAACGGCUGUCCUGACUCCCUGUGGUCGUUAAAAAUCCAGUGGCACUUAUCGUAAGAGUAGGGGUGUUAACCCCAGCGUCAUGGCUAAAUUCCCAUCAUGGCCACCUAAUCAUCCCCCCCAUUCCUAAUUGGCAUAUCACUCCCUCACCUCUCCACCUGAUUGCUGAUGUGUGGUGAGCGUUCUGGCACAAAAAUGGUCGCCGUGCAUCACCCAGGUGGGUGCUACACAUUGGUGGUGAAUGAGGUGAGUUUCCCCCAACUACAGUGGGGAAAAAAGGAUUUAGUCAGCCACCAAUUGUGCAAGUUCUCCCACUUAAAAAGAUGAGCGAGGCCUGUCAUUUUCAUCAUAGGUACACGUCAACUAUGAAAGACAAAAUGAGAAGAAAAAAUCCAGAAAAUCACAUUGUAGGAUUUUUUAUGAAUUUAUUUGCAAAUUAUGGUGGAAAAUAAGUAUUUGGUCACCUACAAACAAGCAAGAUUUCUGGCUCUCACAGACCUGUAACUUAUUCUUUAAGAGGCUCCUCUGUCCUCCACUCGUUACCUGUAUUAAUGGCACCUGUUUGAACUUGUUAUCAGUAUAAAAGACACCUGUCCACAACCUCAAACAGUCACACUCCAAACUCCACUAUGGCCAAGACCAAAGAGCUGUCAAAGGACACCAGAAACAAAAUUGUAGACCUGCACCAGGCUGGGAAGACUGAAUCUGCAAUAGGUAAGCAGCUUGGUUUGAAGAAAUCAACUGUGGGAGCAAUUAUUAGGAAAUGGAAGACAUACAAGACAUACAAGACCACUGAUAAUCUCCCUCGAUCUGGGGCUCCACGCAAGAUCUCACCCCGUGGGGUCAAAAUGAUCACAAGAACGGUGAGCAAAAAUCCCAGAACCACACGGGGGGACCUAGUGAAUUACCGGCAUAGAGCUGGGACCAAAGUAACAAACCCUACCAUCAGUAACACACUACGCCGCCAGGGAAUCAAAUCCUGCAGUGCCAGACGUGUCCCCCUGCUUAAGCCAGUACAUGUCCAGGCCCGUCUGAAGUUUGCUAGAGUGCAUUUGGAUGAUCCAGAAGAGGAUUGGGAGAAUGUCAUAUGGUCAGAUGAAACCAAAAUAUAACUUUUUGGUAAAAACUCAACUCGUCGUGUUUGGAGGACAAAGAAUGCUGAGUUGCAUCCAAAGAACACCAUACCUACUGGGGUGGAAACAUCAUGCUUGGGGGCUGUUUUUCUGCAAAGGGACCAGGACGACAGAUCCGUGUAAAGGAAAGAAUGAAUGGGGCCAUGUAUCGUGAGAUUCUGAGUGAAAACCUCCUUCCAUCAGCAAGGGCAUUGAAGAUGAAACGUGGCUGGGUCUUUCAGCAUGACAAUGAUCCCAAACACACCGCCCGGGCAACGAAGGAGUGGCUUCGUAAGAAGCAUUUCAAGGUCCUGGAGUGGCCUAGCCAGUCUCCAGAUCUCAACCCCAUAGAAAAUCUUUGGAGGGAGUUGAAAGUCUGUGUUGCCCAGCGACAGCCCCAAAACAUCACUGCUCUAGAGGAGAUCUGCAUGGAGGAAUGGGCCAAAAUACCAGCAACAGUGUGUGAAAACCUUGUGAAGACUUACAGAAAACGUUUGACCUGUGUCAUUGCCAACAAAGGGUAUAUAACAAAGUAUUGAGAAACUUUUGUUAUUGACCAAAUACUUAUUUUCCACCAUAAUUUGCAAUUGGUGGCUGACUAAAUACUUUUUUUCCCCACUGUAUGUAAAGUGCUUUGAGUACCUCAGUUGGUAGAAAAGUGCUAUAUAAAUCCAAUCAAUAAUUAUUAUUAAUUAGGCACCAAACAGAAUAAAACUGACUGAAACAGGGAGGGACUAACUGUCCAACAAGAAACACUCAUUUUUGUUUUCCGUUGCAAAGUGUUUUUAAAAGAUUUUCCGUUGCGUUCCGUAAUGCACAUGAUCCUGAUCCUGAUCCUGAUAAUAGAUAUGGGGGAAGGUCAACUGAAGGAUGCAUGACAGAUGUGUCAACCCUUUCGCAAUAUGUAUUUCAUUUUAGGGAAGUGGAGGCGUGCCGAUUUUUAAGCCAAACUGGCAAUACCACAUUUGCAAUACUAUACUUCCAAACAUGUUUUAUAUCUGCAUGUUGAUUUUGAGGGUGGAAUAGUGAUGUUUAAAUGUCCAGUAACCCACAGAGACGAUGUGAUGGGGAGUGUGUUUAUCUGUUCUCCAAUUGGCUAUAUUGACCUAGAAGCCUUCAUCCCCCUGCCUCUCUCCUUUUUCUUCUCCUCUGCAUCUUUCCUGCUCCCCCCCCCCCCCCCCCCCCUUACACCUCUUCUUCCACCACCUACUCUUCACACAGCCCCCACAGUACAAGCUGGACCCGAGACUGGCCCGGCUGCUAGGUGUACACACCCAGACACGGGCCAGCAUCAUGCAGGCGCUGUGGCUUUACAUCAAGAACAACAAGCUGCAGGACAGCCACGAGAAGGAGUACAUCAACUGCAACCGCUACUUCAGACAGGUGCAAUCCCAAACAAGCCUUUAAGGCGUAAAGGGAUGACUUACUUAUUCAUGAUUGCAACUAGUGGAGCAAAGGGCCUCAAGGCUUAAAGGGAUAAUUCAUCUCAAAAUUGAACAUUGUCAGUGUUGAAUUGGAUGUCGCCAAUGUUUUUGAGGCCUGCAGAAUUAUCUUAAUGUAGAUAUAGCAUGAUCGACAAAACCACACAAUCCUAAAUAGAUUAUAGCUCGAAUUUAGACUUUUGUGGAAUAAAAACCAAUGACAAAAUGUGUUUUUUGGGGUGAACUGUAAUUUAAACAUUACUUGACACAUAGCCCUAGAGAGCAAUUGUGAAAGCUCUCAACCGUUGUCAACUUAAUUUGGCAUAAAUACAACACAAACAUGCAGAAAUAUCAGCAAACAAUAAAUCCACAAUGAAAGAAACUCCUACGUAGGGUCCAUUUACGUUGGUAGAAUGUGUGUGAUAAGUUGUCCUAAAGAAGGGAUUUUCAAAACUCAACGCGGGGACCUCUAGCUGUUCCAUGUGUUUGAACUAUUACAGAGCUACUGUACACCUGUCCUAAAGCACAGGUGUCAAACUCUUUCCAUUGAGGGCUGGGUCACUGAUCAUUUCGGAACAUAAUUUUGCACACAUUUAAAGAAAAUAACAAAACAGCAAAAACUCUGCCUUCCAUGGAAUGAGUUUGACACCCCUGUCCUAAAUGAAUAUAGUUUUUUUUGUAAAUAAAUCAAAACUUUACUUCAACAAAGUUAGCUAUCUCUUUAACUUGUCUGAACUGCAGAUUUUAGGCUGCACACGUAUGCGUUUCUCUGAGAUUCCCAUGAAGCUGGCGGGACUUCUGCAGCAUCCUGACCCCAUCAUCAUCAAUCACAUGAUCAGGUGUGUCUCUGAGUGUGUAUGAGUGGCUAUUGACCAAUCCCAAAUCGACACUUCUGAGCGGAAUGGAUGGGAAUAAGCCAGGGAUCUCAAACUUGCGGCCCACAAGCUGUUUUCUUGUUGUGGCCCCCAUACUGAUAUCUAAUACUUAUUGGAAUCGGGCCCUAUUGGAAGUGUUCCUAAACCCAUAUUCAUAGUUUAUUACUAUAGCUUAGUAAUAUCAUAGUCAUGUCAAAAUCUGGGAUACCAUUUCUUACAUCUGUAUUUAAUCAUUAAUGUACAGUAAUCUUUUUAAAGGGAUUUUUCUAUGUUCAUCUCUUAAAACCGAUCAUGACUGUCAUAUUAAUACUUCUCUGUUCUAUGCUCACCUCUGUAGCGUUGACCCGAAUGACCAGAAGAAGACGGCGUGCUACGACAUUGACGUGGAGGUGGAUGAUCCUCUGAAGGCCCAGAUGAAUGGUUUCCUGUCCUCAACUACCAAUCAGCAGGAGAUCGCCACCCUGGAGAUGAAGGUCGAUUGAAUUGACUAAUCAAUACUUUCACUAAUAAAACUUCCAUGACAGAACUAGUGAGUAGAUAUCUUCGUAAAUUGGGAGAGCCUCUCUUGCUCAGGUCUUAGUUUGAAGUGCAAUGUUUGAGCAUCUGGCCAUUUCUCUUAUUAGGUGAUAGAUGAAGUCAUUGAAUCAACAUGGCUAGUGCUUAGCCUGGUCCCAGAUAUGAUUGUGCUGUAUAGCCAAGACAGUUGGCAAGACGGCAUAAACAUAUCUGGGUCCAGGCUUAUUAGUGCUGGCCUUUCCAAUUCAACUAUAAAAACAUACAGCUCUUCAUGUCUUCAUUUGUAGUAUCUCAUCAGGCAUGUCCUCACUCGGCUCUUCACAGAUCCACGAGACCAUAGAGUCUAUCAACCAGCUUAAGACCCAGAGAGACUUCAUGUUGAGCUUCAGCAACAACCCACAGGACUUCAUCCAGGACUGGCUCAAGUCCCAGAGUCGAGACCUCAAGGUACUGACUGACUGUAAAUAGCUUGGCAUAAAGGGCUGCAUUCCAUUCCAAAAUGCUGCUCCCUUCCCUCCCUCUCUUUGGUUCUUUCCGCACACUUCCAUAGCCAAAUAUUUUCACUAUGUAAAUCCAACGACUUGUGUAUCUGUCCUACUUAAUAAAAUGUAUGUAUAGGAAUCCAUUGCCUUGAAUGUGAUGUACACAAAUACAUAUCCUCUUCUCGUGUUGUGUAGAGGAGAUUGAGAUGGUGGACCAACUUAUUGAAGUAUUGUACACUUACCUGUAAAUUAUUGUUGUUUCUCAGUUGAUGACGGACGUGGCAGGCAACCCAGAAGAGGAGAGGAGGACAGAGUUUUACCAGGCCCCCUGGGUACCAGAAGCUGUGGGCCGAUACGUCUACUCUAAGGUAGGCAUCCAGCACCAUGGGAUGGGUCUCAAUACUUUUCAUUAGGGCUAUAUUUGUUGGAUCUGUGCAGUGCACUCUGUAUUGGUCUAUCACUAAAAGGGAACAAGGUUGACACACCUGUAUGAAUACUUUUAGGUUGUUUUUAUGUAUGGAGGGCUGGUCGACAUUUAUAAAGGAAUGCUUACCAUGCCGUUUCACUGUUAAAGGGAUAGUUCACCCAAAUUACACAAUUACACAUUGAUUUCCUUACCCUGUAAGCAGUCUAUGGACAAGGUAUGACCGCAAUCCAUGCUUCGGUUUUAUUUUCCUGGCACUGUUUCCAAAUGCAAACGUUUUAGCAUUUGUGGCACAAAUCCCAUUCAAGUCAUGGUACCUAAUAUUAGCAUUUUUCAUAUCCAAAUCAUCCAAAAGUAUCUAAAAUUAAUUGUGACGCUCAACAAAGUCACUUAGAUGAUUUCAAUAUGAUGUGUGAAAAAGGGUAAUAUGGGUACCAUGACUUGAAUGGGAUUUGUGUCACGAAUGCUAAAAUGUUAGCAUUUAGAAACGGUACCAAGGAAACGAAACCAAAGCACGGAUUGCUGUCAUACCUUGUCCACAGACUGUUAACAGGGAAAGCAAACAAUGUCAUUUUGUAAUUUGGGUGAACUAUCCCUUUAAAUAUAUACAUGUAUUUCUGUGUCUUAGGUGCAGCAGAGAAGACAGGAGUUGGAGCAGGUGCUGGGAAUCCGACUCACCUGAGUCCUUAUGGAGCGUAGCUCCCCAAUCCAUUAAAAUAAAACAAGGCACAUUUUAAGAUGGUCUUAAACCUCCAGUUUUACAUGAAUCAUAUCCAAAACACAACCACAGAACUGGAAUCAGCUUGCAUCAAUCCGCAUUGCCUUUUUCAACCACUUUGUAAUAGCAUAUGUUAUUAUAUAUAUUAUUCCAUAACUAUUGUAGCUAAUGUGGUCUUUCAAUCACAAAGCCUUAUGUCCUUAUAGGAAUUGUUUGGUGCCAUGGUUUCAGCAGGGUAAAGGCUUUUGAGUACUUUGCUGGUAUCUGUUAAUAGCAUUUCUUUUAAAGUAAUUACUUUAGGACCAAAGUGAUGAUUUACAUAGUCUAUCUUAUAGUCUUGUCUUUCUCCACAUUAUGAGGGAUACUGACUGCCAGCUGAUUCAAAUAUUUGCCUUAUAAUAUUGCAAAAUGUACAAAUGAGUUGUAGCUUUCUUCCCACAUACAUUUGCUUAUGAUGUCUUAAGCAUUGGUACUGUCAAGUUGUUUUGACUCAAGUUGUUGUGUGCCAUUUUGAAAUGAUUUUUUUACCCUAGUUCUUCAAAGCCAAAGAGAUUAUUUAGCAGACACUCUUAUCCA